AUGCAGAUCUUCGUUAAGACCCUUACGGGGAAGACCAUCACCCUUGAGGUGGAGAGCUCCGACUCUAUCCAGAAUGUCAAGGCUAAGAUCCAAGACAAGGAGGGUAUUCCCCCGGACCAGCAGCGUCUCAUCUUCGCUGGAAAGCAACUCGAGGAUGACAGGACUCUGAGCGACUACAACAUUCAGAAGGAGUCCACCCUUCACCUUGUGUUGCGUCUUCGUGGUGGUAUCAUCGAGCCCUCCUUGAAGGCUCUUGCCUCCAAGUACAACUGCGAAAAGAUGGUUUGCCGCAAGUGCUACGCCCGCCUUCCUCCCCGUGCGACCAACUGCCGCAAGAAGAAGUGUGGACACACUAACCAGCUUCGCCCUAAGAAGAAGUUGAAGUAA